AUGGCUAGUCGAACAAAGAUUGUUUCGAGAUCCCUACAGUUUCUUCUCCGCCCGCAAAAGUGGUCAAUCGAUGAUUUCGAUAUUGGGCGACCUCUUGGCAAAGGGAAAUUUGGUAACGUCUAUCUCGCUCGUUACAAUCCAGAACGCGUCGUCGCACUGAAGAGAUUCCCCAAAGUAGGUGAGCACAGUUACGGGUUAGAUGGUCUUUUCAAAGACAAAAUCCAGAAAUAUAAUGUACAGCACCAAGUAAAACGGGAAAUCGAAAUACAAUAUCAUUUACUGCAUCCUAACAUUCUUCGACUGAAGGGCUACUUUCAUGAUCGGCAACGGGUGUACAUUAUUCUGGAGUAUGCCGACGGAGGAGAAUUGUGCAUUCGUCAACUUGCGGAUGCACUGAGCUACUGCCAUGCGAAGCGUGUUAUUCAUCGUGAUAUAAAGCCGGAGAACAUUCUUUUAGACUCAAAAGGAAAUAUAAAGAUUGCCGAUUUUGGAUGGGCUGUGGUUUCUAACCACUCACGGCGGGAAACGAUUUGUGGAACACUGGACUAUUUGCCGCCUGAGAUGAUCAGUGGACAUACCCAUGAUCACACAGUGGAUAACUGGGCUGUCGGCGUUUUACUGUUCGAAAUGCUUGUUGGUCGCCCUCCUUUUGAACAUCCUGAUCAAGCUGUGACGUUGCAGGCGAUUAUGAACUGCCGAUAUGCCAUUCCUUCCUCUGUUAAAGAAGGAGCCAGCGAUCUGAUUCGAAAGCUGGUCGUAAAGGAGCCGUGUAUGAGGUUGUCCCUUAGUGGGGUGUUGGCCCAUCCGUGGAUUGUAAGUAUGGCGAAACCGUCUGCUGCACAAAUACACAACAUAGCCCACCUACAAUCGCUCCACCUACUACCCAAGUAG